CCUACAGUCAUAUGAACGGUUGCGUAAUUUCAAAAUUGCAGGCCACAUUCAACUUGUUCUUCCUUCCACAGUGGAUUGUAGGAGAGAAUGGGGUACUCAAGCCCAAGCGAGUCAACCCAAAUGUGUAUCAGCCACCAUCCCUGAAAGCCGUCCAGAAGAUGGCUGAGGCACACAUGCAAAACCUGGGUGUCUACCCCCCCUUGGAAGACCCCUUUGAGGGGGAGGAGUACGAUGACUACCCCUGUCAUGAGGAGAGGGAGGAAAGAUUCCCCACCAAAGCUGCUGACCCCCAAGCGACCAGCACCAUAGACCAAUCAGAGAAGCCGGAUGAAGGGGAAGAGGAGGAAGAGAAAGAGGAGGAAAAGACAGAAGAAAAGACAGAGGAGAAGGCAAAGAAAGUGCGCAAAAGUGUAAAGUUUUAACACUACUUUGGAAAAGAAUUAUGAAGGGAGAGAGAUGGUGGCAGAUGUGUGAAUGAUUGAGUGAAUGAAUGAGUGAUUUUAAUGUGUGAACGUGUGAGUGAGAAAGAGAGCUUCUAAGUUUGGAUGGUAAGUAUUAAAAUUAAAUGAAUGAAUGAAUGUAGGUAGGUACUGUCGGCAAAUCUGUGAGCAAAAAAUCUGGAAAGAGAGUGGGAGAGAGAGAGGGGGAGAGAGGGAGAGAGAGAGAGGGGGAGAGAGGGAGAGAGAGAGGGAGAGAGAAUGUAUAAUAGAUAUGGCCCUUGUGAAGAGGUGAGGAGUGGCUCCUUAGAACUAAUGAGACUAGUGGAUAGGGCAAGGUCACUGUGACCUCGAGGUCCCUCACUGCAACGCUAGUCUUCUCUUCCAUGUCAGGGGAACCAUUCAUUCACAACUCACUUUCUUACUUUGCUCUUUAAUGUUACAAAGCAAUGGAAUAAUGGCUAGAAAUAAUUACACGACACUCAAAAUAACUGUAAACGGACAAACGCUGAUGAACAGCUUCAGUAUAGAGCACACACACACACACACAAACACACACAACACACACACACACACACACACACACACACACACACACACACACACACACACACACACACACACACACACACACACACACACACACACACACACACACACAGAAGAUAUCAUCUCACUAUCGGUUCAGACUAUAUUCUAAAGCUGCUCCAUUACUGUGCAGACAUGAUAAUACAGACUCCCACAUGGGUUCCUUUCAAAAUCACAAAGACCUGUAUUAUGUGUACCAAAUUUCACUCUGGCCUAGAUUGGAUAUCUCUGCAGCAUAAUCAUAUUGAGAUCUUGUUCUUGGAAGAAGUGAGCAGCUGCUGCCAUCUUGUGGCAAGAUAGGGGAUGUAGAAUAACCAGAGUGUGCGUAUUGACAUGGAUUCACAUACAAUAAACUGUGCACUGCAUAGGCCUUCAGAUAAUAUGCAUCUAUAUAAUUGAAAUGAUCUAGAUUUGUAAUGUAUUUGAAACAUUUAUUUGUGAUGCAUUUGAAGUUCUUUUUGGUGUCCAUCAAAGCUAUUUGUGUCAAUGAUGUACUCUGGGUGUAUCUGAGGAUGCCAUGCUUUUAUAAAAGUAGCCCAAUGUCGUUUUUUUGUGAGAAAGAAAAUGUAUUAGUUUUGUAUCCAGAAUCAGAUUCGUAUUGUUUGUUUGUUUAAAUAAUUUCCUGUCUAAAGAUGAAUUAAUCAACUUAGCUGUAUACGGUCUCUUUCUGUUGAACAAUUGUCACAACGUUUAGUAACCUUUUAGUCACGACUUGGAUAACUGUGUUUUUCAUAUUCUCAUGAAAAACAACGCAGACAAUACAAUACAUAGUGACUCUCUUUCUCUCUCUCUCUUUCCGCUGAAAAGGAAUGACACAUUUGAAUAUUAAAAUAUUCACCCUCAGAAUGUCAUUAUCAUCAUAUUCUCAUUGAUAAUGUCAAUCUAAUAAACAGUUUUCUUUAUUUCCAUCACAUCUGUUCUCCAACUGCAGGAUUGCUUGAGUCAGCGGAAUACAUUUUGGUAGUGUCACAGCUGAAUGUCUCAAUCUGUACCAACUGCUAAUAUAUUGUCAUUGUUUUGAUUCUCUUUUUGUUGGACAAUUGAACUUUUGUAUGCUCUUUUCUCUUGCCUGGGUGUAUGGGCUGGGCAGCCCUUUAAAGUUUUGAGACAUAUGGCACCUACUCCCUCCAUUCUCUCACUGUCUGGCUGGAGUGAGCAUCCUCUCCUUCUCCAAGUCUCCCUAUCCUCCACGGUCAAUAGGCGAGUGCCAUGGCAAGAAUUAACUUGAAUCGAUAAUAUUCUUCUUUAUUUCAUUCUUUUUUCUGUACUUGUUAAAGAUGUAGACAUUUCAAUGUGAGCCACAAUAACAAUAUCUAAAUAAACACAUUUUCCUGA